AUGGCUGCCGGGAUUCGCUCGCAGCUCGCUACCGACGCCGUCGACGUGCCUGCCAAGCCGGCCCGCUCGCUACGGCCGCCGGACAAGAGGGAGACUGCUCGGCGAAGGCGACGCGAGAGCCGUCGUGCCGACUCUGGUAUAAGACGACCCGACGCCCCCGCCGAUGGGUUGGUGCACGUUCGCGCAAGGCACCGUACCGUCUGCUCCUCUGCAUUGUCCAGGCGUGGCAUCGACGUUCCGACAGCACACUCUCGCAUCCGGUGCGUGGCAAGCACAAGACGCCAAGCCAAGUCUUACCCGCCCCCUGCGCCCAGCAAUCGCGGAGCACAGCGACGACCGAGCACUGCGUACCGCACGCGUACCGAACCUGGCCUACGUACGUACACUGCUCGUCCGUCACCACGCCGCAUGUGGGCAGGUCGACGAAUUAGUAUCCACGCUUUCUUUUCUUGUGUCAGAGCGGCCCGUCCUGAUUCAGACCGCAAGGCUAAGCGCGACCCCGGCCCACACUCUGGAGGAGCCGGUCGGCGACGGCGAUUGAACCUACCGCACCAGCCGGCGUACAUGAAGCGCGAGUAG